AGUCAAUAAAAAACAUCCGAUCAACGUACUUCGUAAACGUGGAUUAUUUUUAUUUUAAAGUUAUAUAAAUAAGAAAUUUUAAUUUUAAAAGAAUUUCUUGUUGGUGUUUUAAAUAAGUGAAGCAGUAUGUCUGAAUUUGAUAUUAAAAAGAUAAAAAUUCAUGAAGGAAAAAAUGAUACAGAUUUAAUUAAAAAUAUAAUUAAAGAAACUGAAAGUGAUGAUCCAUUUUAUAUUCUGGACAUUGAGGACAUCAUUGAAAAACAUAAAUUAAUUGUAGAAAAAAUGCCACGAGUAGUGCCUCAUUACGCUGUUAAAUGUAAUCCCGAUCCAACAGUGAUCCAAACUCUUGCAGCUAUGAAUGCAAAUUUUGAUUGUGCAUCGAAGCAAGAAAUACAGUUGGUAUUAAAAAUGGGUGUAUCAAAUGAUCGUAUAAUAUAUGCACAUCCUGGAAAAGCUCCGAGUCAUAUUAAAUUUGCAAAAAAAGUUGGUGUUGAAAAAACAACAGUUGACAGUAAAAGUGAAAUAUUAAAGCUUAAAAAAUUAUAUCCCGAAUCAAAAUUAUUAAUAAGAGUAGCUCUUGAUGGUUCAGCUGAUCAGUGUGGAGUGAAUUUCAGUGAAAAAUUCGGUUGCGAAGUGACAACUGAAGCAAUUGAACUAAUGGAAUACAUGAAAAAUCUUAAAAUGACAUUACUGGGUUUUUGUUUUCAUUUGGGAAGUCCUUGUUUGGAUACAUCUUCAUAUGGAAAAGGAAUAAAAGUGUGCAAUAAUUUGAUAAAUAUUGCCAAAACAAUGGGACACAUUGAAGCUAAUGUUAUUGAUAUUGGUGGUGGAAUUCAGGGCCAAGAUACUGAUUAUUUAAACAAGUUGGCAUUAUCUAUUAAUGAUGCAUUGAAGCACGUUGACCCUGAAAUUGAAAUAAUAAGUGAGCCUGGAAGAUACUACGUUGAAUCAGCUUUUACAUUGUCAGCCUGUAUUAUUGGUAAAAAAACUAUUAAAAAAGAUGAUAAUAUUGAGAAAUUUUAUUAUGUUAAUGAUGGUACUUAUGGAGCUUUUAUCGAAGAAUUACUAGACAUAAAACAUCGAAUUCCCAAUUCUUUGUAUUGUCAAAGUAAUAAAAUGUUUGUAUCAACAAUUUGGGGACGUACUGCUGAUCCAUAUGAUAUUCUUGUUAAAAGUACACCAAUGCAAGAUUUUGAAGAAGAAGAUUGGAUGAUUUGGAAAAAUAUGGGAGCUUAUACAUCUUCACUUGCAACAACAUUUAAUGGAUUUAUUCCAGCAAGUGUUUAUCCUUUUAUCAGAAAAUCAUCUCUAAACUACGUAUUGAAUGAAAUGAAAAAUAAUAUUCAUUAAUAAUAUAAAUAUUAAUAUAUGAAAAAUAUUUAAAAGAAAUAAAAUUACCUUCUUAAUUGCAAAUAUAUAUUUUAUAUUUAAAAUUUAUUCAUCUGUCAUUAUUUAAACAUGGCGUGAAUAAAUAUUCAACUGUCGAGAUAAUAAAUAUUAAAAAUUAAAAAAAUAAAUAAUUUUUUAUAUCAAUAUUAAUAUAUAAAAACUGGCAGAGAGUAAACUUACUUUGAUAUCAUGUGUAUUUGUAAAAAAUCGAAAAAAUAAAUAAAUAUUAAUUUUUAUGGGCAUCGAUAUUAUGAAUAAUUUGUUAACGUGUAUAAAGAAUUAUUAUAAAUCCAUGAUAACGUUUGAACAUAACAUGUGAAUGUAUAUGGAUUGAGAGAAAUUAUUGUAUGCAUUGUAUACCAGGGGCGAUAUUAUUUCUAUAUGUGAUAUUCAGAUAAUCCUAACGUGAAUUAACAUGUGGUAUUUCGUAUCGUGAUUGUACUUUUUGAAUUCACUCGUUACAGUAUAUUUCAAGAUGAAAUAAAUCGUAUUAAAAAAACGAAAAAUGAAGCCUCGCUUCGAUUUAUUUGAAUUUAUGUAUGUUGUUGACCCAUUGCUAAGUGACUUUCUUUUUUGUUGCAUUAAUAAAUUGAAAUAGUCAGAAAAUGUAAGAAAUAUAGAACAGACAAAGAGGUACUUGAAGAAUUAAGAAAAAGUGCCAUUGCUUUUUUUCCGGAACUAUUUUGAAAAAACCAUUAAAAUUUAUAGGAAAAACUGAAGUUUUGUAUACCGAAGAGGUAUUUCGUAAUGUGGAAAAUUUAUCUCUUUUCUAAUUUUCUGAUACUCUGAUAUUUUAAAACUUCAACUAUGUAUUUUCUUUUUAAAAAAGACAAGUUCGUAUCAGAAACAUAGGAUAAGCAAAGAAGUUUUUGAUAUUUAAUGGACAAUAUAACCGUGUGGAAUGAUUUCAAAUAGUAUAAAUAUAUAUUUUUAAUUUUUUAGCUUGGAAAAUAAAAUUCAAUUUUAAUUUUGAUAAAUGAUCUAAAUCUCAACAGGAUAUAAAAAAAUAAAUUAAUUAAAAGUCGAAUAUUCAAAAUAAAUUUACAUAAAAAUAUAAAUUGUUGAUAAUUUUUUAUUUUUUUAAUUCUUUCAUCAACAAUGUGAGAAAUUUCUCACAAAAUUUUGUAAACAAAGUUGGAGGGUGUUUGUAUCAGUCGUACCAUAUCAGGAAAAGGAAGUAAGACAAGAUACAUGUGACUUUUCAAAACAAGAGGCAAGGUACAUAAUGUAAAACUAGAAUGAAGAAGGAACAUUGAUCACAAAACAAGUAUAUACAAAGAUUAAGUAUCGUUGAGUAAAACAAUGUAAAUCGUUGUGAAUAACUAGUAAAUGCGUUUGUAAUGUCAUGUUGUGAUUGAGACACGUAGAAUAAUAUACAGUUUGUUUGAUUAAACUGAUUACAUCAAGUCACUUGGAUCAAACAGAAUUCAAAUAUAUAUUUAAAAAAAAAUAAACAUGUAAUGUAUUCGGUAAAGUAGACAUUCUUAAAAUAUAAUCAAUUUAUUUUAUGAAA